CAGCCCCGCCCCCGGCCGGGCCCAGGCUUGCGCCUACUGCGCCCCCCACCCCCUCCUGGCACAGCUCGCCCGUCGUCGCUACAGCCGGGAGGAGGCGGCGGCCGGGGCGCCCCAGGCCCCGCCCGCCCUCGGCCCUUCCUGGGAGGCCGGGAGACCUGCUCGACCCGGCCCUCUGUGGGUGAGUGCAACGGCGGGCGACGGGUGGGGCCUCCGCGGGCGGAGGCGCCGGGAGCGGGGGCGACUCCUGUCAUCGCUCCAGGCCCAGCGGGAGGACGCGCCAGCAUCCCCGCUGUUGCGCUUGGCCCGGGGCGUGCCCGCGGCUGCUCCCACCUCUGGGCCUCGGCUGGGGCCGCCCGGGAUUGCUUGGCAUUGCGGGCCAGCGGGCAGAGCCUCGGACCCGGGCUCACUCUCCGCCCCCCACCCCCACCCCGAGGGCAGCAGCGUGGGGCCCGGCGGGCCGGCGGAUCUACCGCGACUCCGGCCAUGCCCGGCUGGCCCUGGGGGCUGCUGCUGACCGCGGGCACGCUUUGGACCGCUCUGAGCCUGGGGCCGCCGGCGCCCGCCGACCCCUGCCAUGACGAGGGGGGCGCGCCCCGCGGCUGCGUGCCGGGCCUGGUGAACGCCGCCUUGGGCCGCGAGGUGCUGGCGUCCAGCACGUGUGGGCGGCCGGCCACGCGGGCCUGUGAUGCCUCCGACCGGAGGCGGGCACACCCGGCCGCCCUCCUGACCUCCGCAGGGAGCACCACAAGCCCUGUGUGCUGGCGUUCGGACUCACUGACGCAGGCGCCCUUCAACGUGACCCUCACAGUGCCUCUGGGCAAGGCUUUUGAGCUGGUGUUCGUGAGCUUGCGCUUCUGCUCUGCGCCCCCUGCCUCGGUGGCUCUGCUCAAGUCACAGGACCAUGGCCGCAGCUGGGCCCCACUGGGUUUCUUCUCCUCCCGCUGUGGCCUGGACUAUGGCCGCCUGCCUGUCCCUGCAGAUGGCCCACCAGGCCCAGGGCCCGAAGCUCUGUGCUUCCCGGAGCCCCAGGCCCAGCCCGAUGGUGGUGGCCUUCUGGCCUUCAGCGUGCAGGACGGAAGCCCACCAGGCCUGGAUCUGGACAGCAGCCCAGUGCUCCAAGACUGGGUGACUGCCACAGACAUUCGAAUAGUGCUCACAAGGCCUGCCGUGCUGGGGGACACCAGGGACUCCGUGGCCAUGGUCCCUUACUCUUACUCGGCGACUGAGCUCCAGGUGGGCGGGCGCUGCAAGUGCAAUGGGCAUGCCUCAAGGUGCCUGCUGGACACCCAGGGCCACCUAAUCUGCGACUGCCAGCAUGGCACCGAGGGCCCCGACUGCGGCCGCUGCAAGCCCUUCUACUGCGACAGGCCGUGGCAGCGGGCCACGGCCCGGGAAGCCCACGCCUGCCUUGCUUGCUCCUGCAAUGGCCACGCGCGCCGCUGCCGCUUCAACAUGGAGCUGUACCGACUAUCCGGCCGCCGCAGUGGUGGGGUCUGCCUCAACUGCCGGCACAACACGGCCGGCCGCCACUGCCACUACUGCCGGGAGGGCUUCUAUCGAGACCCUGGCCGUGCCCUGAGUGACCGCCGCGCUUGCAGGGCAUGUGACUGUCACCCUGUGGGUGCUGCUGGCAAAACCUGCAACCAGACCACAGGCCAGUGUCCCUGCAAGGAUGGUGUCACGGGCCUCACCUGCAAUCGCUGCGCCCCCGGCUUCCAGCAGAGCCGCUCUCCCGUGGCACCCUGCGUUAAGACGCCUGUCCCUGGACCCACUGAGGAGAGCAGCUCUGUGGAACCCCAGGACUGCGACGUGCACUGCAAACCAGCCCGCGGCAGCUACCGCAUCAGCUUGAAGAAGUUCUGCAGGAAAGACUACGCGGUGCAGGUGGCGGUGGGCGCGCGCGGCGAGGCGCGCGGCUCGUGGACGCGCUUCCCGGUGGCCGUGCUUGCAGUGUUCCGGAGCGGCGAGGAGCGCGCGAGGCGAGGGAGCAGCGCGCUGUGGGUGCCGGCGCGGGACGCGGCCUGCGGCUGCCCGCGCCUGCUGCCCGGCCGCCGCUACCUGCUGCUGGGGGGCGGGCCGGGGACCGCGGUCGGGGGCCGGGGGCCCGGGCUCAGCGCUGCCCGCGGGAGCCUCGUGCUGCCGUGGCGCGAUGCGUGGACGAGGCGCCUGCGGAGACUGCAGCGGCGCGAGCGGCGGGGGCGCUGCAGGACGGCCUGAGCCCGCAGCGCGGGCGGGGCGCUGCUUCCACGUUGAGGCGCACGUUCAAGCCGGUGCAUCUGCCUGCAGAGGAGUCUUUGCUGGCGUCGCGCGCGUCGCCAUCUGGGCCCUCGCCCCGACCCUGCCCAGCGACUCCCUAGAUGCCACGCGCCCAUGCCUAAGAGGGGUGUGACCGAUGUAGGGACACCCCGCGCCGACACACAGGGAUGUGAUAGCCCCAAAGAGCUGCUUCAGGGAUCCACUGGGCAGUUGUCAUCCCAACGGACUCGUUGCCCGCCAUCCUCGCAUUAUCUUCCCCCUCCUAGGGGCACUGUGAUGGUCCAAGAGGCUGUGAACCCCCUGUGGGGCCGAACAACAUUUCGAGGCUCUGAGAACACUCUAAGGGACGCUGUGACCCCCAGCCCCCCACCCCCGUGAUGUCGUGAUCCCUCAGAGAGCAUUUUCACCUUCCUAAAAAGCACUGUGACCCUCUCCCAACAGAUAUGAACCCCUUUGUGAUGCCAGGACCCAUCUAAGGUCUGAGAACACCCCCAGGGCCGCGGUGGCUCCAACCCCCACGGACUCUGAUCUUCAGGGAGUGGUCUGACUCCCCAGGAGGCACUGUGGCCAUCACAGACGCCUGUGGACCCCCAUGGGGCUCGGUGACACUGGCUCCCCCGCCCCCUGCCAGGACCCGCAGAGGGCGCUGUGACUCCUCCCCCAGCGAGGAAGGCAGCCUCUGGUCCGGGUCUGUCACACCUGUCACCUCUGCCUGCCCUGUCUCUGCCGCUUGGACGUCCGUGUCCCUGUCCCCGCUGCGUCUCUGCCUGUAUUCGGCCCCUUUCUCGGCCUGCUGUGUCCCUGUCUUGUCUCCGGCUGUCUCUCUCGGUCUCCGGGCUCCUCCUCUCAGGUCGCUCCCGGAGGACCCCCUCCUCCCCUCCUCCGCCCGCUCGGGACUAGACGUCGUGUCCACGCGGACGCGCGUUCCCAGGUCUACGCGUGACCCGGCCGGACGGCGGCUCUGGCUGGCAGCCCUCUCGGCUCCCGAUGCCCCCAACCUUGCGUUUGGCUGGACCCCACAUCCCCCACCCACUCGGCUCACGAGCCCACGCUCCCCUGUGCCGGGACCCGACUCUCGCGGCCGCAAGCUCCCGCUGCCCCGCGGCGGGGCGCCAGCGCGCAUGCCCAGAGCCCGCUGCGGCCGAGACCCGCAGGCGCCCGGGGUGGGCAGCCGGCGGCGCGUGCUCGGCGGGGGCGGGGCCGCAUGCGCGCGUGCGCAGAACGGCCCGCGCUCAGUCGCACAGAGAGCCGAGGAGAAGCGGAGCGGCGGGCGGAGAUGAAUGUUACAGAUGCAGGAGAAACUGGAAUGAUCUGGCCAUCUACUGAAACUUGCUGAAGCAAACCGUUAUGACGUCUCUGGACCCUGUACUGUCCCAGGCGGAAAGGCUAGUCUGAGGGUACAGGAUGGCAAAGA